AUGCCUCUCGAGAGUGCUGUUCCACAGACGUCGCAGAUCUAUGUAUUUCAUCUGAUAGCAUUCCCCUACGCCCAGUCGGUCGCCUGGCUUCGUGCUUCAGUUGCUCAUCGGCGGGUUUAUGAGACGCGUAUGCCUUUCGGGGAUUUUAGACGUCUUGACAGCAUUCCCUACGUUCAGUCGGUCGCCUGGCUUUACGCCUGCCCAUCGUCGGUCGCCUGGCUUCGUGCUUCAGUUGCUCAUCGGCGGGUUUAUGAGACGCGUAUGCCUUUCGGGGAUGUUAGACGUCUUGUGAAGCUAACCUUUAUUAUCAAAUCAUAUUCCGAGAAAUUUUUUAUCGCGCCUGUUCCCCUGAUAUACGAUAAGAUUUACGUGUGUUAG